AUGACAGAAAAUGAUGAACUGUUGGCCAGGAUUGGCCAGCUCGCAGGCCAAAUCAACAGGCACAGAACUCAGUCUACCCAGCCUUCAUCUCACCAGUCGCAAUAUGUGUCUCGUCAUGCCCCCUCUCACCCAGGAUGGGCACCUUACUCUCGAGGCAGAGGAAGAGGUCGUCCUGCGGCACCUCAUCGAAAUCGCACCCUUGUUUUGAACAAUGGAACACCUGUAUCCGGUCAUAGCAACGCCUCCUCACCUGGUCCAUCCAGCGACAACGAAGGCGAGACGCGUCAACCGACAACUUCCAACGGCUGGGUCGCAAAACGCGAUCGUCAUAUGCAGCUGAUCAACUCUGCUGUUUACGACAAGGAGAAAAAAGCCCGUGCCAAGGCUAUGGAGGAGACUCGGAAGUUCAAGGAGCAAAGACGUGCCGAACGCGAACAGACCAAGGUUCUUCGGUACGCGCAGGCUGCUGGUGCUCGUGCGACGGUGUCGACCACCGCGCAACCUGCGGCUGCUCAUCAGAUCCUUGUCAAUGAAAUUCCCUUCAAGAUUACACACGGCGGCAGCAAGCUAGUUCGGGUAUCAAAUGAUCCCAACACGGCCAACACCACGCCAAAGCGAGUCAAUGUGGCUGGUGUGACAUUCGUCCGAAGCAAAAAUGGCAACCUCCACCGUCUUGGAGCCGUGGCCUCGAAACAAAAUCCGACCACCGUCAAGAAACGCGCCGAGCUAUGCAAAAGAUUCACCACGACCGGUACAUGCUACAAGGGCCCAUCGUGCCCAUUCGUCCACGAUCCCAGCAAAGUAGCCAUCUGCAAGGACUUCCUUCAGACAGGCCAAUGCAGUGCCGGUAUGAGCUGUGACCUCUCCCACGAACCCUCACCCCAUCGCUCUCCCACCUGUAUGCAUUUCCUUAGAGGCCGGUGCUCCAACCCUGACUGCCGCUACUCGCACGUCCGUGUGACACCCGGCGCCCCAGUUUGCCGUGCCUUUGCAACCCUAGGAUACUGCGAGAAAGGCGCCUCGUGUGAAGAGCGACAUGUGCACGAGUGCCCGGACUACGCGAACACUGGUACCUGCCCUAAGAAGCGCUGCCAGCUGCCCCACGUCGACCGUGCUGGCCAGAUCCGCAAGGCUGCUGCUGCCGCAGCGAAAGCCGAGGCGUCGGCUAACGAGGAUGAGUCUGACCAGUCUAGCGAGGAGGAAGAUUAUGAUGCGAUCGACUCUGAUGAUGUUGACUCGGAUGAGUUUGAUGAUGUAUCUGUUCAGCUGCUUGAAGGGGUUGAUAGCGGCGAGAUGGCACAGCAACAUGAUUUUAUCAGGUUCUGA